AACUUUGAUAUCGCUAGAUAAAGUGUACAACUUGAUAAUUUAAGUUUAUUGCACUAGUAGUUUCAAUUUAAACUCGUGUUUAUAAGUAUUAUCGAUUAAGUAAUUUUAUAAAUAUUUUAUCAAACCUUAUCCGGCGCCGACUAUGGCAAACUCGUAGCCUACUUGUCAAAUGCACAAAUCCUUUUCUGUCAUUUCAUUCACUUAAGUAAGCGGUGUAUUGUUGAACGUUUGAAAUGUUUUUUGGAGAAAGUUUAUUAUUAUAAAGUAACUAACAAAAUUUUUGGUUUCCUCUAAUCGACUAGAAAAAGUAUUAGCGUAUUUUGUACCCCAAAUCGAUCUACGUCAAGAAUAUAUUUAUUUUUUAAUUGACAGUGAUAUCUCGGGAGUGUAGAUUUAAAAUAGUAUUUAGAAAUCUCUGGAUUAAGCAUUUUCGAUGUUAGACGUAGAUUCACAUUCAAGGACUGACCUUAGAAACUUUAUAACAAUGUCCAGAAAAAGAACCAGGAGUCAUUCUGAAGAAGGGGUUGCUGCAGUUACAGUGCUCAAUUUAACUUCACACAUACAGCCACUCAGUUCGUCGACUUGUGCAGAAGCUCCUUUCAGCGACGAACUUUUAGCUGAACGAGCUAGGAAUCUCUGUGAUUAUACUCAGCGCAUCUCCUACGAGAUGGCGCGCUUAGGCAACGCACCUAGACCCGUGCGAGUCUACGCAGACGGAAUCUACGAUCUGUUCCAUCAAGGUCACGCCAGACAGUUGAUGCAAGCCAAGAACGUCUUUCCCAAUGUUUAUUUGAUCGUUGGAAUUUGUAGUGACAGGCUGACCCACAGUAAAAAAGGUCGCACCGUGAUGAACGAACAGGAGCGAUACGAGGCCGUGCGACAUUGUCGGUACGUGGAUGAGAUAGUGAGGGAUGCCCCAUGGGAGCUGGACGACGCUUUCGUGGAAAAGAAUAAAAUCGACUUCAUCGCUCAUGACGACAUUCCAUACGGUGCCGACGACACCAAUGACAUUUACGCCCCGUGGAAGGCAAAGGGUAUGUUUGUAGCGACUGAACGUACGGAAGGAGUGUCCACGUCGGACAUAGUAGCUCGAAUAGUACGCGAUUACGACAUCUACGUGAGAAGAAACCUGGCUCGAGGGUACUCGGCAAAGGACCUCAACAUUUCCUAUCUAAGCGAGAAGAAAAUUCGGUUGCAGAACAAAAUGCACGAGUUGAAAGACAAAGGGAAACGGGUGAUGGAUUCGAUCGGUGAGAGAAAAGACGAUAUGAUCGCGAAAUGGGAGGAAAAAUCUAGGGAUUUUAUCGAGAGCUUUUUGUUGCUGUUUGGAGCCGAAAGGUUGACGAAUAUCUGGCAGGAGAGCAAAGACAAGAUCCUGAGCGCCCUGAGUCCCCCCGGAUCCCCCACGCCGAGCACCCCCUCGUCCAAUGGCGACUACCAGUUCCUAGAGGACGGCAUCCCCCCCAGGAAAACCCCCCGUUACGAAUCUCGCGCGUCGCGCAGCACCUCGCGCGUCAGCCUCUACAACAACCACGACGACUACAGCGACGAGGAGGACAGCUUCGCGUCGGCGCAGAGCUAGACGAGUGGCCGGCGCGUCGACGUAUUAGGAGAAUGAUAUUGAAGUGUUAUUGCCGAGGGCUGCAUAUUGAAAUAUACCAUUCCUUUUAUAUAUUAUUAUACAAAAUAUAGCAAUUUUUUGAAUAAAUCACUUGAAAUUUUAUUAUUACAGUAGGUCGUAUGUAGUGUACCAUUUCUGAGCACUGAAUGAUAACAUGAAGAACUAAAAUUGCAAUGGUCAUGCAUCAAAUAUUCUGUUUUAAUUUAUUGGUCAUAUAAUAACCGUAUGAUCGAAAAAAAUUCUUGGCCAACCUGGACUCGUUUGGUAUUUGAUGCAAUUAUUUUAUGGAUAGUAUUAAUAUUGCGAUUGUGAUAACUCCAAAAAAGCUUAGUAAUAUGCCAAGCCCUUGUAAAAAAGUGAUCCUUUGUAUGUAAAAUAAUGUUAAAGUUUUUAUAUUUUUCUUUUAGUGUUUUAGUACUGUUCCACACAGGGUUUGAAACUAAUUUAUUUAUUGUAGGGAAAUUAUAACAUUUUACCAAAAUAAUAUAAAAAAUUGCCAAGAAUAUUUAGAGAAAUCUUGUUAUAUAGGGUGUUCUUGUUAAAAAAAACUUGAAACAAGUUCAAAAUUCAAGGACCAAAUGUUCUGAAUUGUUUCAAUUUUUUUUUGGGAACAAGUUUUAAAAAUAAUUAAACGGCUAUAUACCUAGUUGCAGUUAUUUGGGUUUUUUGAAAAUAAUGUUCACAAUGCUUGUUGCACGUUUUAGAUAAUAAAUAGAAAUACUGUGUAUAGUUUAUACACAAAAAGAAAUUUUGUACCGUAUGUUAUACAAGUUUUAUUUUUAAAAAAUAUGUAGUAAUAACACAAAAUCCAGAUUCAUAGUUCUAAAAUGUAUAUUUAUAGUUGCUUUCUUAUAUUCUUGGUUCGAACUAUCGUACAAUCGAAAAAAACGGCGUCAUAGUGAUCUUUGAAAAGACGAUCAUUGAUCUAAAUUUCGUGGGAUGAAUCAAAUCUCAAUAAAAAAUUACACCUCAAUAUAAUAAAACUUACAGUAAAAAUGAUGUUUUAAAAAUGAUUUUAUCCAGUAAAAAAAACGGCGUUAAGUUGGCUUAGAAAUGACAAUCGAUUGCAUCAUUUCCAAGUCAAAGCUGACACUUUUUUUAUUUAUAUAGUAUAUUGAGUAGAAGAGGAAGAGGUGUUGUUCAUACUUAACAGCAAAAAUUAGGACAGCUAAUUUCACUUUGUUUAUUUGACAAAAAAAUUGAUCGUCGUUUCAAAGCGUACUGUGACGCUUUUUUUAUUCGAUCAUAUUGUUUUACUAUUGUUAUCUUGUUAUUCAAAUAAAUAAUAAUGAAUAUUUGUUGAUUUGGUGUGAACUAGGUUGAUUUUAGUUACCUAUUUUUAAACUAACUCAGGGUAGAGUUAGUGCCAAGAUAUUUAAAGUGGCAUUUUUGGGCAUUGAAAGAACAUUUUAGAAAUAUCUAUCUGGAACGUUGAUAAUACAACUUAUUUAUUUCUGCUUUGUGUACUGUGAAUUCAAUAUACCAUAUGAUUGAAAAAAAACGGCGUUAGAGUUUCCUUUGAAAUAUCAAUUAAUGGUAAUAAGUUUUUUCUGGUCAACCUUUAAUAUAUUAUAUAAUUUAUUAAAAAUUGACAUAAAAUUUUCUUAAAAAUAAUAAUUUUUAUGGAAAAAAUAAGUUAUCAUCGAUUGUUAUUUUAAAGGCAUCUGUUACGCAUUUUUUUUUCGAUCAUAUGGUACAUAGUGUAUAAUUAAAUUACCACACUACUUCUCAGAAUACCAAAAAAGACAUUUUUGUUUGAAAAGAAACAUACAGUAUUAAUAAGGAUGUAUAUGAUCAAUAUAUAGUCUGUCCAACGAGACGAUACAUGACAGUUGUGUCUGUCAUUUUAUUCUACGGGUAAAUUGUGUUUUCUGUGAAUUUUUGAAUGUCGUCUGUAGUCUGUCGAAAUCUUUUGUGUCUCAGACUUUAGAAAAAGUAUAUUUGUAUCAUCCUUAUAAAUACUUCCAAAGAAAUAUUCACUGAUUUGUAUUUAUUUUUUCUUGUGAUCUGAUUUCUACAAAAGGAUGAACUAUUUUUGUAGAAUGUUUAUACUGUUUUGUGUUAUUUAUAAAUGCAAGGAAAAUAUACGAUUUAUAAGCAAA